AUGAUAGAUGUAUUUGUAAUUAUUUUGUGCUUGUCCUCUUCAGGACUCCAGGCUGAUGGAAAACACAACUCAUCAGAGCCUGAUGAUGUCAGGUUGGUGGGCGGAGCCAGCCGCUGUGCUGGGAGGCUGGAGUUGAAACAUGGAGACUGGAGACCAGGGGACGACUGGGACUGGACCCUGCAGGCAGCAGCUGCAGUCUGCAGACGGCUGGACUGUGGCUCUGCUGUUUCUACAGAAAAGAAAAAAGACUCCUCUUCAAAAUCUGUGUGGUGGGUGAAACCAGACUGUCUUCAGUCUGCAUCUGUGGUGGAGACGUGUUUAUCACAGGGGUCUUCUUCUUUCAGCCUGCAGAUCACCUGCUCAGACUCUGUGAGGCUGGUGGAUGGGAAUAGUCUGUGCUCAGGCAGAGUGGAGGUGAAGUCUGGCCAGUCGUGGUCCUCAGUGUGUGAAGCUGACUUUGACCAGCAGGAUGCAGAGGUGCUCUGUAGGGAGCUUGGCUGUGGGGCUCCUUCAGUCCUCCAGGGGGCGCUCUAUGGAGAAGCGGAGGCUCCGACGUGGACCAAAGAGUUCCAGUGUGAAGGCAGCGAGUCCGUUCUCCUGGAGUGUGGAAGCUCAGGCUCGGUUAGAAACACCUGCUCACCUGGCAAAGCUGUUGGACUCACCUGCUCAGAGCCUGAUGAUGUCAGACUGGUGGACGGAGCCAGCCGCUGUGCUGGGAGACUGGAGGUGAAACAACAUGGAGACUGGAAACCAGUGGAUGAGUGGGACUCUGACUGGGACCUGAGGGCAGUAGCGGCAGUGUGCAGACAGCUGGACUGUGGCUCUGCUGUUUCCAUAGAGAAGAAGCAAGAUUCCUCAGACAGAUCUGUGUGGGAGAUCAGGCCGGACUGUCUUCAGGCUGGAUCUGCCAUGAGGGAGUGUUCUGUAACAACUCAGAUGUUCUCAUCUUCCAGCCUGCACAUCACCUGCUCAGAGUCUGUGAGGCUGGUGAAUGGGAAGAGUCUGUGCUCAGGCAGAGUGGAGGUGAAGUCUGGCCAGUCGUGGUCCUCAGUGUGUGAAGCUGACUUUGACCAGCAGGAUGCAGAGGUGCUCUGUAGGGAGCUUGGCUGUGGGGCUCCUUCAGUCCUCCAGGGGGCGCUCUAUGGAGAAGCGGAGGCUCCGACUUGGACCAAAGAGUUCCAGUGUGAAGGCAGCGAGUCCGUUCUCCUGGAGUGUGGAAGCUCAGGCUCGGUUAGAAACACCUGCUCACCUGGCAAAGCUGUUGGACUCACCUGCUCAGAGCCUGAUGAUGUCAGACUGGUGGGCGGAGCCAGCCGCUGUGCUGGUACCAUGGAGCUCAAACAACAUGGAGACUGGAAACCAGUGGAUGACCCACACUAUGACUGGACCCUGAAGUUAGCAGUGGCAGUGUGCAGACAGCUGGACUGCGGCUCUGCUGUUUCUAUAGAGAAGCAAGAUUCCUCAGACAGAUCUGUGUGGGAGGUCAGGCCGGACUGUCUUCAGGCUGGAUCUGCACUGAGGGAGUGUCUGAAAAUGACAUCUGAGUCUUCUUCUCACAGCCUGCACACCACCUGCUCAGACUCUGUGAGGCUGGUGAAUGGGAAUAGUCUGUGCUCAGGCAGAGUGGAGGUGAAGUCUGGCCAGUCGUGGUCCUCAGUGUGUGAAGCUGACUUUGACCAGCAGGAUGCAGAGGUGCUCUGUAGGGAGCUUGGCUGUGGGGCUCCUUCAGUCCUCCAGGGGGCGCUCUAUGGAGAAGCGGAGGCUCCAACAUGGACCAAAGAGUUCCAGUGUGAAGGCAGCGAGUCCGUUCUCCUGGAGUGUGGAAGCUCAGGCUCGGUUAGAAACACCUGCUCACCUGGCAAAGCUGUUGGACUCACCUGCUCAGAGCCUGAUGAUGUCAGACUGGUGGGCGGAGCCAGCCGCUGUGCUGGUACCAUGGAGCUGAAACAACAUGGAGACUGGAAACCAGUGGAUGUCUGGAACAAUGACUGGACCCUGCAGGCAGCAGCUGCAGUGUGCAGACAGCUGGACUGCGGCUCUGCUGUUUCUGCAGACAGGAGAGAGGAUUCGGCCGAUCACACCGUCUGGGUGAUUGAACCUCACUGUGACGGGUCUGAGUCUGCACUCAGGGAGUGUGUGGUCAAAAUGGGAUCAUACAGUAGAAGGUCAAGCCUGGAGGUUAUCUGCUCAGAUGUGCUGGUUCAGCCAAUCAUCUCCCUGUCUCCCUCUGUGGGCGGGGUCUCCGAGGCCCAGCAGCAGGGGCUUCAGGUGUUCAGGGGCUCCAGCUUCAGCAUCGGCUGCUCCAUCCAGCCUCAGUACGCAGGAGGCUCCUUCCAGCUCACCUUCACCUCCUCCAACGCAACACACACCCACACCCUGCCGGCUGUCAAUCACUCUGCACACUUCCUGUUUCCUGCUGCAGAGCCCGCCCACCAAGGGAGCUACAGCUGUGUUUAUCACAUCGACGUCUUGUCACAUCACCUGUCCUCUGAGAGCCAGCCCCUCUCCCUCUCUGUCUCAGGCUCUCCAGCUGAUUUCAUCAUCAGGCUGGUUGUCCUGCUGCUGGUUCUGGUGUUGAUGAACACUGCCCUCUAUCUCUACUGCAAGGCCACCAGAGGGCAGAGGGCAGAGGCCAGCCGGACAGCCGGACAGCAGGACAUUGAGCUGGAUUACGAUGAAGGUGAAGAGGCAGCAGCCCGAGGUACAGAGUAG